AAAAUAAGUACAUGGACUCGUUGGACUACGAUCAACCAGAAUGGACUUGGCUUUCUUCAAAGUCCUAACUAUUUACAAAAUUAAGAAGGUCUUCCAUGGUCGUGCCUGCAUAUUUGCUGAGCACUUUGAAACCAUCCUAUUCAAGACCUCUCAAAUUGUAUAAUAUUUAAUCAGGGGGACUAGUGAGUUCGAGACAGUUCAACGCUUGCCUCGUUUCAAGGCGUUCUCGUCUCACGACGGGACGCCUGGAACGGGAUGCCCAAAAUAAGCCUUAUUGGUGAGAAAGCGGGAGGGACUUCCAGUUAAAUGGGUUCAAAGCUUUUUAUAGCUGUGCAUGAGUUUAGCGGCGAGAAAGGAGGAGGGACUACCUCUGAAAUAUUGUGUAGCAUAUUGCUGUGUCGAUUAAUCUUAAAGCACCAUAUUUAUUAUCCUUUUCGUUGUUAUUCGAGCUUUAUUUAUUUUUCUUGUGCCGGGGACAUUAAAUUGGCGUACACAGGUCAUAGGAAAUAAGAGACCUGAAAUUACAUUAAAGUAGACCGGGGUACCGCUACAAUUCAGGAUCGUCUCUCAGCCUAGUUCGGCCCCGUUACCGACGCGACCUGUAGCUUUAAGAAGGCGUGUGUUGUUUACUGGGAUUGUAUCUACUUUGAAUAGCCAGUAGUUGAGUGCGAUUGGAGUCGGAUUGCGUCGGAUGUUGUUCUGUUUAUCCGACCCUGAUGCAAAACACUCACAGUCGGAACAAUAGUCUGGGUUUUUUGUCGUUCUUGUAUCACUGACCGGUUUUAUUCGAGCACCAGCAGUUCUCCCUGUAAAGCACCGCAUGCUGCCAGUGUGGAGAUCCCUCUCCUGCCCUGAGCCGACAACAUGGACCUGCACAUUCUGGACCACAGACUGCGGGUUACCAGCAUAUCCAAGGACGGCCUGGUCCAUUUCACGCACCCUCUGAUCAAAUUAAUAUUUCUCCGCAACAGAACACGAUGCAAGUUCUUCAGUUUGACCGAGACCCCGGAGAACUACACGGUGGUCCUGGAUGAGGAGGGCUUUAAAGAGCUCAAGCCUUCAGAGCACUUGCAGGUUGAGGGCUCUGUCUGGCUGCCACUCAACGUGGUCUCCAGCGGCAACGUCUCCAGCAGCUCUCAGGCAGUUGGCGUGACCAAGAUUGCCAAGUCAGUCAUCGCCCCAUUGGCUGAGCAGCAUGUGUCUGUCUUCAUGCUCUCCACCUAUCAGACAGACUUCAUAUUAGUGAAAGAGCAGGACCUAGCGGUGGUGGUGUCUACACUGGGGGAGGAGUUCAGUAUCUUCAGAGAGGUGGAGGGAGAAUCGGUCCCCGUGCAGGACGUCCACAACGGCCUUCACAAAAACGGCAAAGAAGCCAUCCAGCCUACAGUCCACCCAGUUCUCAUUCCUCAGAACCACUUCUGUGUCAUGUCUCUGGACCCUGACACGCUUCCCUCCAUCGCCACCACCCUCAUCGACGUCCUGUUCUACUCCAACAGUCCUAAGGAAGGCACCUCAUCUACGGCUGGUGCCGAACUGGACUGCAUCAAAUUCUUCUCCUUCUCGCUCAUUGACGGCUACAUCUCACUGGUGAUGGACACCGAGGCUCAGAGGCAGUUCCCUGCUGACCUGCUCUUCACCAGCUCCUCGGGAGAACUCUGGAGGAUGGUUCGUAUCGGAGGUCAACCUCUGGGCUUCGACGAGUGUGGUAUCGUGGCCCAGAUCUCUCAGCCACUGGCAGACAGCGAUAUCUCUGCCUACUACAUUAGCACCUUCAGCUUUGAUCAUGCAUUGGUGCCUGAGGAGGACAUCGGGAGAGUGACAGAAAUGCUCCGUCAUCAGAGGAAGGAACCGGCCGCCAGCUGAGUGUGUGUGUGUGUGUGUGUGUGUGUGUGUGUGUGUGUGUGUGUGUGUGUGUGUGUGUGUGUGUGUGUGUGUGUGUGUGUGUGUGUGUGUGUGUGUGUGUGUGUGUGUGUGUGUGUGUGUGUGUGUGUGUGUGUGUCACAGCUGGUUGCACCGUGGAGUAGCCCUGUUUCAAAGCACACACAGGUCCAAUCCAACCUGAGUUACCAGAGGGAGAAUAAGUGUGAACUAACGUGCACUAAUGUAGACUGUUGACCCUGUAGUGCGUCUAUGAUCUGAGGCUAAACUUGUAUCUUCAUGUUGUGUUGAACACUCCACACCUUUGCUAACACACAACUGAAUCUUCCAGAUUUUAUACGUUUUAAGACUGUGUCACAGUCUUUAUGUUUAAACUUAGUUAUUAGUGCUAUCAGGCAUUCAUUUUUUAAGUUUGACGGUAGGUCAUUAAUUAAUGCUGAAGAAAUAUGCAUUUAAAAGGUAAUUUCUUAACAUUUUCAGGGUUAUUCCAAGGUCCACCACACUGUCUUAGUUUUGGUUUUGUUAUUUGCACAUUUAAAUCCUAGUUCUUGGUAGCUAGAUAGUUUUGUUUUUGUGUUAAAAUAACAUUUUGUACAAUCUGAAGCAGAACACAAGUAUUCCGUUAGCAUUUUCUAUUUUGUCCUGCUUCACUCAAUAAAGAAGUAUUGCGACAA